CCCCCGCCCACCACCCACCUACAACCCCCCGCCCGUCACCCUGGAAGACCAAGCCGCGGCCGCGCGGGAGGAGAAGAAGGCGGGCAGCAGACGAAGCAGCAGCAGCAGCGGCAGCAGGACGGCGCCGUCACCAAAGCUCCAGAGGGUCUUUUACGUCUCGCGCCUGUCGUCGCCGCGAUCCAGCAGGCCGCCCGGCAAGAUGGACACCAAGUGGGUGGACUGGUCCAAGAGCACGCGCUCAACGGACUACCGCGGGUCGCACUCGUUUGCCACCAUUAUGAUAGUAGGCCCCGUCUGCUUCUUCCUCGGCAUCCUCUUCGCCUCCUUCCCCUACGACUUCCCGCUCCUCUGGACCUCGACCCCGGUCCAGCCGGCCUACUACGACCAGCUGGCGACGCACCUGCGCUUCAUGCACGCGGCGCCGCCGCUGAUCCCGCGCGUGCUCAACAUGGUGGUGUGCGUCGGCUUCCUCGGCUUCUUCGCCAAGCUGUUCCGCCCGUCCGAGGCGAACGUGCUCUUCGACGGCGCCUCGCUGGUGCUGUACCUCAUCGGCGUGGGCAUCUACGUCGCAAACAUCGUGAGGGGGCUCCAGGACGUGUCGGCAAACGUCUGGGGGGACGACGGCAGGGGGACGCUCCGGCACGAAGGGCCGCUGUCGGGAGAGCUGCGGCUCAGCAGGGAGGACUCGCUCAAGGUGCUGAGCGCCAGCAACACCAUCCUCGCCCUCGUCCUCGUCGGCGUCCUGGUCCUCCAGGCCGGCCAGUGGUACGCCGAGCGCAGGGAGCUCGAGGACGACCGUCAGAUCGCGCAGCUGCAGGCCGAGGCAGCCGCGGCCGCCGACGCCUCGGGGGGUUCCAAGAAGAAGCAGUGAGGGUGAGGAGGAGGAGGAGGAGGAGUAGGAGGGUGAGGGUGAGGAUGGGGGAGAUGGACGGUGGCUGCGAUGAGAAGGAAGCCCCAUGUGUGACUGGCCGUCUGGCCCGUUUUGUGACAAGCUGGGUGACGAAAACAAAAUGCUCGCUUUUGUGUUCUUUUAUAUACACAUAUCACUAUGAAGCUUCGCAGCGCUGCGGGUACAUUACGUUUUUUCCUUUUGGGGUUCACAUCCACGUCACCACAUCUCGGCAUAUAGUUGCUUGCUUGCUGUCCAGGUCUCUUGUCUAUAUCUUGCGAGAACAUGCUAGUAUUCCCACGUUCUAUCCCUCACAGUUCCACCGAAUGUCUGGGACAUCUCCCAUGUGGCAAUCCCGCCUAUCCAUUUGCUGGCCUUAUCUCAUCUGGAGCCCUGGGCUGGUUUUCAAGACGACUUGCGCCCUCAGUCCCAAAGCUCUGCUGUGCUUGGAAGCUGGUAUCAUCAAAGUACAGGGUACACGCUGCG